AUGGAACCAAAGCUCCCCCAAGGACUCGUGGUCAUGUCGAGUGUGUCUCCUAGUGAGAUAUUUGAGCAGGAGACAUUAAGUAACGGUGUUUACAAGAGUCUUUGGCAAGCCUACUCGAUCUCGCACCUGGCCAGCAAAGAUGAGACCGAACGUCGCCUAGAACAUCUCUUCUGGAGGAUAUGGGGUACUAAGCGCCUCUCGAGCCGUAUAAAUCUCCAUACCCUAGACGGUCUUAUCCUACGCAUCAAAGCACCGGCAAUAUUAUCUGUCGGACAAAGGCUCACCGUCUCACCGUUGCCUGGGAAUGGCGACAAAGAAAAAAAGUCCAUUAAUAAGAAUCAGUCAGGCUGCGCAGCCGAAACCUGUUCUCCUAACUCAAUAUUGAAGAAGCUGCAGCCUUCAGAGGUUGGAAGGCAUACGACAACACGCCUGCUUCUUGACACUCCCCUCGGCACAAAAAUAACACUCGAACCCUCCAAUUCACCUACCACAGACAUGUCUGAUGAGCCCACUCUCGCUCCCAAUGUGGGUAGCAUGGGCCAUCAGCGUCGCAAAAAGGCCUCGAUGGAUUCUGAUUCUACUCUCCUGCGAGAAAAGGCUGGCAACCAUCCUAAGAAGACAUCCAUUGUUGCUGAGCCUACCAUCAUUCCGGAUAAUUUGGGCCAGCACGGUCCCAAGAAGACCUACCUUACUGCGACACGCAACGGACGAGGCCCACGCCGCCGGCCAGUCUUCAACCGCCGCAAGUCCUCGCAGACAUCUAUCCCGAAAACACCACAUCCCACUCGCCGGCGCUCCGAACCAUCCACCAAAUCCGAUGGCGCUGACGCCAUCUACGAAGACAGCUAUGUAGAGCUGGGUCUACUGCAGCACCUCAGUUUCCGCGACGAGGAAGACCAGAUCGCGCGUGAUCUGGGACGUGAGAUUGCGCCUGAGCCGAAGCCCGUCAAGCCACCUGUUCCACUAUUCGACGACGAAUUUGUCAAUGAGCCUUCUGCCGUGGAGGCCGCGAAAGCAGCUCCAAAGAUGUAUCCUAUUCCUUUUCCGCGAGCUUCUUCCCUCCGGCACCCAAUGUUGAGCCCCGGGGAUUUCUGCAAGAUCACGCCGUCCUUCGGAGUUAUGGAAAGCCACCUCGACUUGCCUGGUGGACCGGAGCUUGCUGCUCCUGAUGAUGUUGAAGGGGACUGGACCGAUAUUGAUGCUAUUGAUUCGACACUUCCUGUCUCGCAGCCCUUCAAGAACCUGAUCUCGCACCAUGAGACUGUUGACCAAGACCUCCCAGCUGUACAGCCCAUUGCCCCCGUUGUCAAGGCGGCCUCGUUGCUGUCAUCUGCUAUGAAGGGAGUGAAGUUGUGA